AUGGAAUAUAAAGAAAAGCCCGAGGGACCCUUCUUUGUCUCCUUUUACGUGACCAACUUCACAGCAUCCGACGAUUCAGCGUCGUACAAAAUAAACGUAACAGAUUUCUAUGGAAACUGCUACGAGUCCAACCUCAUUGGAAAGAACAACUACCGCCAGAUUAACUUCCCCAGCAACUACAUCGAGAUAUGCGAAGAAACGGUCAUCAACGACAUCAUCCAGAGCUGCGUAAAGGUGGACGUUUACGCGAGAGGUAAUAACCCUGAGGGGGAGGCGAAGGACAAGAAAGAUGGCGGGAGCGGUGACGAUAAGGGUGACGGUAAGGGCAAUGAUAAGGGUAAUGAUAAGGGCAAUGAUAAGGGCAAUGAUAAGGGCGAUGAUAACAGCAAAAGUGAAAACAACCGCGGCGAUAAAGACAGCGACGAUGGCCUCAGUAGCAGCUUUGUGCGCGUCGGGUCGGACCGCAUCAAGGCCUUCCCCUUUCUGCACGACCAGCUAAUCAUCACGAGGAAGAUCGUCGCGUCGUACAAGUGCGGGGAGCAAGGGGGGGAAGACCCCGCAAAUCAGAGUGAAGCGGACCAAGCGGGCGAGCAGGGGGGUCCUGGCGACAAGAGCGACAAGAAUGAUAAAAAAAAAAAAAAAAAAAAUGCAGACAAGGAUGAAAAGAAAAAAAAGAAAAAGGAUAAAACAAAAAGUAACUCGCGAAGGGACGAGAAAAAAUCGGACCACUCCCUCAAAGCGGAUAUUGACAUAAGCUUUCACAUCACGCUGAAUAUAAAUUCCCUGGUGGGGCACUACUGCGGGAGGUCCUCGUACAACAUAAUGAGCGUGAAGGUUGAUGGGGUGUACAACAUCCCCAAGGCGAUUGAUGACAAAAUGGCGAAGAAGAGUUCGCACACAUUUCAAUUGAAGUUUUUGGACUUUUGCCUGAACGAUGGGGCUCUCGUGGAAGAUGAGCAAGAGAAAUACAAAAUUGUGUGGAAAAAAGACGAACUGUACAAGUACAGAAAUAUAAAGGAAAUUGAAUAUAUUUACAACUUUCUGUUUUACGAAUCGUUUAACGUGAAUGCGUAUUUGCUGUGCGUCAACGAGGGGAAGAAGCAAAGGGACAACGCCGCCCCCAGCGUGAUGGACGCCCUCUGCGGGAGGUUCGAAGUCAACAUUUCGGACGUGAUAGCAAACACAGUCAUCAACGCCAAGUACCAACUGCACCCCAUGAACUCACCAAAGGGGGAGGCGAAAAGUGGCAGGGAAAACGAAGCCAACGAGGAGUCGUUCGUCUACGGAGGGGCUUACGUCCUACUGACCAUUCAGUUUUACAAGCCCUUUCUCAAGAGAGAGAAAGUGGAAUUCCCCCUGCGGGUGGUUAACGUGAAGGGAGGCGCUCCAGCGGGCGAUAAGAAGGAGAGCGAGUGCGUCGAGAAUGUGUUUAACAGGUCCAUCCUGGAGGGCAUCCAGUACGUCAACCUCCAAAUCGACCAGCUGAAAGAGGAGGACCAAAUGAAGAUUUACAGAAAGUCCAAGGAGUACGUCUCCUUCCUAGACAGCUUGAAGGAGACGCCCACGUACAUCAACCUGUACAGCAGCAUCAAGGGCGUCAUGAUCAAACUGGCGUACGAAAUUGUGCGGAAGAAGGUGUACAGAAAUUUUAACCUCCACGAUGAGGUGACGUGUGCAGAGGAGGGCGCUCAGGGGAAGGGGCAAGCCGAAGGGGAAACCGCAGACACAACCGCGGAGCAAACCAGAGAAACAACCGCCGACCCAACCACAGGGCAAACAGCAGGGCAAACCCCCAACCCAACCGCUUUGACAAACCCGGUGGAAAACCCCCCCUGCGGAAAGAAAGCCAUGUCCGAGGAAAACUCAAACUGCAUCCUGGCGCACCUCUUCAACCUCGUGCACGAGUCAUCCAACGUGAUCAUCAACGGCUACUUCGAGAAGGAGAACCACCUGAACAUGGAAGCCCUACGCGAAAUAAAAAAAAAAAACAACAUCACAAAUGUAGAUGGCUACCUAUUCAAUGUGGUGCAGGAAAGUGAGUUCCUUCUGAAGCGUAGGAAGACUGCCCAUUUCUGCGAAGCCAUGUUGGUUCUUCUCUUUAGGAAGAUAACUUUUUGCGGAGAAAGUGCCACGAAGAAACACUUGACAGAGAUGGAAACGCAAGAUUGUAAUCAUGUGGUUAACAUGCUGAUGCACUACUCGGAGUAUGACGAGGGGGAGGACGACCCACAUAGGGACAAUUACAUGUACGAAAAAGAGCAAAAAAAAAUAAAAAAAAAAAAAAAAAAAAAACAGGAAGACAUGUUAGCAUGGGUGCUAAGCGCUGUAAGGGAAAAAAACGCCAAUUCGUAUUUGUUCCAUUAUAUGGACCACUUUGGUGAAGUGAUGCUAAACGGAAGGGGAGAAAGUCACCCGGCGGGGGGAACCUUCGUGGAGGACGCCGAGCAGGAGAGCAUCAUCUCGAUUAUAAAUCUACCACAAAAUGAAGAAAUUAAAAAAGUAUUUGUUGACGUCCUGUACACGUAUGCCAAAACUUUGCUCCUAAUAAGUUGCCACCCCGGUGGCCAAGCCCAUAAGAAACGACAGCGUCUGUACUACGAGCAGUACUGCGUGGAGAGGAGCGAACGGGAAAAGGACACCCUUUCAGGGGAGGGGGACAACGGGGGGGUUCCCCCAAACGGCCAGGUCUACGACCACUUCGAGUGCCACAAUAAUUUCGACUCGUAUGAGAAGUACCUGAACGGAGAAAAUGCGGACGCCUGCAUUUCGUGUCUGUCAGCCUACGUGGAGCUUACCAACUUUGAACACACCGAAAGCAUUUUCACCUUAGCCCUGGCGUACCUAAACGCACACAAGUACGCCGAGGCGGAGAAAUUAGCUACCUAUUUGAUAGAAAUCCUGAAGAGGAAAAAAUGCCAAAGGAGAAGAAAAGGAGGACCCCCCGAUCCCUCUGCUGCGUCGGCUGCGUCUGCUCCGUCUUCUCAUUCUGCUUCUCCUCCGGCUGCUUCGUCUGAGGAAGAACCCCCCCUGGACAUGAGACAGUUGCACCUGUACAGCUCGUUUAGCCAACCCCACGUAGAUGUAACUGUGGAGAUUUGCGUGUACGUAAAAGCCUUGUGCUUCUUCUUCCAGCGGAACUACGUGCAUUACUACAUUAACAUGAGCAUCCUGAUGAGCGCCAACGAAAAUGAGCUGCGGCUGCAGGUUGAGAGGAGUGCCUCCGCGUUGGCCUCCGCGUUGGGGGGUCACACGGGGGGAAACGACCCCAGCGGAAAAAAGGCAAAAAGUGAAGAGAGUGAAAGGAGAGAUAAGACGGGGGCCUCCCGCAAUAGCGUCAGCGUGGACCAUAUCGGGGGGGUCGCAAAUGACGAGGUGGAACGAGCCCAAGAUGAGCUAAGGAAAAAAAAAAAAAAAAAAAAAAGCACGAAAGGGGGGGAAGACGCACUUAAAGGGAGCCCCGAAGGGGACGCAAAUGGAUCGAACGACCAACCUGGCACAGACAAGGAGGAGCUACAACAGAAAAAGGAAGAGGAAGCUGCAAACGGGAGAGGAAGACGGGACAACCAGAGGGAACAGCCAACCCUAGGGGAGCAUCAAACCAUGGCGAACUACCCAGAGACGAAUCUGUACAGGCACAUUCCCGCGAAGGACACCCUCAUGCUGCUGUUCCUAACUCAUUGCAUAAAAUUGAACAUGCUAAAUGUCUUGAUGUUUAUUCACGAGAAUCGGCGCAAGUUCCUAACGCAGUCGUCCUUGGACACGCCUCUGUACAGGCAGCUGAUCAUCCGCGCGCUCUUUGCAGUGGGAGAAUUCGCCAAAUGUGUGGAAGCGAUAGAGGAGACGGGCGAGCACCUGCGCAACCUGGACGUGCUGUACAUCUACGCGCAGAGCUCGUAUAAGCUCGGCGACUACCCGAAGUGUGUGGGCCUACUGAGGCGGUACUUGCCCCUGUGUAGACUGAAGAACAUCCGCGUGAGGAUACACCUGCAGCUGAGUAAAAUUUACCUCUCCCUUGGCCAAUUUGAAGACAGCAAAAAUGAGGCUAAGAAUUCGCAGCAGGUGUGCGCAACUAGCUAUUCUUAUCUCUACUUGGCUUAUUACUAUUUAAAAAGAAGAAGAAAAUACCUGCACGCGUACAGGCUCUUGUACAAGUCCAACGAAAUGAACCUCUUCAGCCACAAACUGUGGGCUUAUCUAUGCAUGGCGUUUUUGCACCUCGGCAUGCGGGACCAAGCUGAUAAAUGUGUAGGCAACUUUAUAAAGAUGAACAAAUACGACCAGGCGAUUAUCUCCGAAAUGGUGGAGGCUUACAAGGAGGUUGGGUACGAGGAGGGGGGGCAGGUCUUGUUAACCCUGCCUGCAGGGGGGGGGUAA